GAAAGGAAAUGAGUCGGGGGUCAGAGGGGUCUGGGAGAAAGGCGAGGGCCUGGGAGGAGAGCAGCCAGGAUGGGAGGCACAGCUCGCUAGCCGCCCGUCGCUCGCCCCCGCCUUCCCUUUUGCGCAGAAUCCUCCCCUUGGCUGCAGCAGUGCGCUGCCCCCACUGGCCGCGCGCGAUGAUGGAUAGCAGGCUGCGUCAGAAUCCUCCCGGCGUAUAAAUAGAGGUGGCCGGCCGGAGCCGAGCCGCACACAGCCAUCCAUCCUCCCCUCUCCCUCUUCUCCCGGUCCUUCCUUCUCUCUAGGCCCCUCAUCCCCGCAGCCGGCCGGAGGGGCGCCGCGGCCGCCAGCAUGAGUUCGUUCAGCUACGAGCCGUACUACUCGACUUCCUACAAGCGGCGCUACGUGGAGACGCCCCGGGUGCACAUCUCCAGCGUGCGCAGCGGCUACAGCUCCGCGCGCUCCGCGUACUCCAGCUACUCGGCGCCCGUGUCCUCCUCGCUGUCCGUGCGCCGCAGCUACUCCUCCAGCUCCGGCUCCUUGAUGCCCAGCCUGGAGAACCUCGACCUCAGCCAGGUAGCCGCCAUCAGCAACGACCUCAAGUCCAUCCGCACGCAGGAGAAGGCGCAGCUCCAGGACCUCAACGAUCGCUUCGCCAGCUUCAUCGAGCGCGUGCACGAGCUGGAACAGCAGAACAAGGUCCUGGAAGCCGAGCUGCUGGUGCUGCGCCAGAAGCACUCGGAACCGUCCCGCUUCCGCGCCCUCUACGAGCAGGAGAUCCGCGACCUGCGGCUGGCGGCCGAGGACGCCACCAACGAGAAGCAGGCGCUGCAGGGCGAGCGCGAGGGGCUGGAGGACACACUGCGCAACCUGCAGGCGCGCUACGAGGAGGAGGUGCUGAGCCGCGAGGACGCCGAGGGCCGGCUGAUGGAAGCGCGCAAAGGCGCCGAUGAGGCCGCGCUCGCCCGCGCCGAGCUGGAGAAGCGCAUCGACAGCCUGAUGGACGAGAUCGCCUUCCUGAAGAAAGUGCACGAAGAGGAGAUCGCCGAGCUGCAGGCUCAGAUCCAGUACGCGCAGAUCUCCGUGGAGAUGGACGUGUCCUCCAAGCCCGACCUCUCCGCCGCGCUCAAGGACAUCCGCGCUCAGUACGAGAAGCUGGCCGCCAAGAACAUGCAGAACGCCGAAGAGUGGUUCAAGAGCCGCUUCACCGUGCUCACCGAGAGCGCAGCCAAAAACACCGACGCCGUGCGCGCCGCCAAGGACGAGGUGUCCGAGAGCCGCCGCCUGCUCAAGGCCAAGACCCUGGAGAUCGAAGCUUGCCGGGGGAUGAACGAAGCGCUGGAGAAGCAGCUGCAGGAACUGGAAGACAAGCAGAACGCCGACAUCAGUGCCAUGCAGGAUACAAUCAACAAAUUGGAAAAUGAAUUGAGAACCACGAAGAGUGAAAUGGCCCGGUACCUAAAGGAAUACCAAGAUCUCCUCAACGUGAAGAUGGCCCUGGAUAUUGAGAUCGCAGCUUACAGGAAACUCUUGGAAGGUGAGGAGACCCGGCUCAGCUUUACCAGCGUGGGCAGCAUAACCAGUGGCUACUCCCAGAGCUCCCAGGUGUUUGGCCGAUCUGCCUACAGUGGCCUGCAGAGCAGCUCCUACCUGAUGUCUGCCCGCUCCUUCCCUGCUUACUACACUAGCCAUGUCCAGGAAGAGCAGAUCGAGGUGGAGGAGACCAUUGAGGCUGCCAAAGUGGAGGAGGCCAAGGACGAGCCCCCCUCUGAAGGGGAGGCAGAAGAGGAAGAGAAGGAGAAAGAGGAGGGGGAGGAAGAAGAGGGAGCUGAGGAGGAAGAAGCUGCCAAGGAUGAAUCUGAAGAUGCAAAAGAAGAGGAAGGAGGUGGAGGCGAAGAUGGAGAGGAAACCAAAGAAUCUGAAGAGGACGAGAAGAAAGAUGAAGGUGCUGGGGAGGAACAAGCGACUAAGAAGAAAGAUUGAGCUCCCAUGUCUUUAAUUAUUCCAGGAAUCCCCCCCCCCCCUCCCAGAUAAGGUCAACCUCAUCACCAACCAACCAGUUGAGUUCCAGAUCCUACAUGAAUUAAGAAGUCAAUAUAUGUAUAAUUCUGAGGUGACUUAGGUUGGACAUUCAAUGUUGUGCUAUGAAUUUUCUCCUUAUGCAGAGUAUCCGUUUGCUUGCACAGUGGCUUCCUGGCUGCUGCCAACCUAUGCAUGGUCCAUGCUUAUGAGUUCAGGAUCUAUGGCAAUGUGAAUCAGCCAGAUGUUUACACUAAAACACACACACGACACAAAUAAGUGAAUUCACUGAUGCUCAUGUUCAACUUCAUGAAAAAUAGUCUUUUGAAUCUGUGGUGGUUAGAAAUUAAAGACCUCGAGUUAUGUGCAAUAAAUAGUAAAUAAAGUUACACUGAAUGAUA